AUGGGUUAUUCUGAUCUGGACCAGUUGGCCAUCAACACCAUCCGUGUUCUCGCGGUUGAUGCCACCUCCAAGGCCAACUCGGGCCACCCCGGUGCCCCCAUGGGCAUGGCCCCCGUGUCCCACGUUCUGUUCAACAAGUUCAUGAACUUCAACCCCAAGAACCCCGACUGGGUCAACCGCGACCGUUUCGUUCUCUCCAACGGCCACGGCUGCAUGCUGCAGUAUGCUCUGCUGCACCUCUUCGGCUACGAGCUCACUAUGGACGACCUGAAGAACUUCCGUCAACUCGACAGCAUCACCCCCGGUCACCCCGAGGCUCACGAUACCCCCGGUAUUGAGGUCACCACUGGUCCUCUUGGCCAGGGUUUCUCCAACGCUGUCGGUUUGGCCAUUGCCCAGGCUCACUCUGCCGGUGUCUACAACAAGCCCGGCUACGAGCUCUUCAACAACUACACCUACACCUUCUUCGGCGAUGGCUGUGCUAUGGAGGGUAUUGCCUCCGAGGCUGCCUCCAUGGCCGGUCACUUGAAGCUGGGCAACCUCAUUGCUAUCUAUGACGACAACCACAUUUCCAUUGAUGGUGACACUAAGUGCGCCUUCACUGAGGAUGUCAUGAAGCGCUUUGAGGCCUACGGCUGGCACACCGAGUGGGUCAAGGACGGUGACAACGACCUCGAGGGCAUUGAGGCCGCUAUCCGCAAGUGCCAGCAGGUCACUGACAAGCCCUCCGUCAUCAAGCUGACCACCACCAUCGGUUUCGGCUCCAAGCUGGCCGGUACUGGCGGUGUUCACGGUAACCCCCUCAAGGCCGACGACGCCCAGCACGUCAAGAGCCUCUUCGGCUUCGACCCCAACCAGAGCUUCGUCGUUCCCCAGCAGGUCUACGACCUCUACCACAAGCACUCCGCCGACGGUGCCGCUAAGGAGCAGGAGUGGAACCAGCUUUUCCAGAAGUACCAGCAAGCUCACCCCACCGAGGGUGCUGACCUCGCCCGCCGUCUCUCUGGCAAGCUGCCGGAGGGCUGGGAGAAGAGCCUCCCCACCUACAAGGCUUCCGACUCCGCUGUCGCUUCCCGCAAGCUGUCCGAGGCCGUCCUCGAGAAGAUCCACGAUGUCGUCCCUGAGCUGCUGUCCGGCUCUGCUGACCUGACUGGCUCCAACAACACCCGCUGGAAGAACGCCGUCGACUUCCAGCCCCCGAGUAUGGCAUUGCACGCCAUGGCCGCUGUCAUGAACGGUCUGGCCGCCUACGGUACCGUUAUCCCCGCCGGUGGUACCUUCCUGAACUUCGUCUCCUACGCCGCCGGUGCCGUCCGUCUGUCGGCCCUGUCCCGCGUCCGUGUCAUCCACGUCGCUACCCACGACUCCAUUGGUCUGGGUGAGGACGGUCCUACUCACCAGCCUAUUGAGACUCUGGCUCACUUCCGCGCCCUGCCCAACUGCAUGGUCUGGCGCCCUGCCGACGGCAACGAGACCAGCGCUGCCUACUACAUGGCUCUGACCUCCAAGCACACUCCCUCCAUCCUGGCCCUGACCCGCCAGAACCUGCCCCAGCUCGAGAACUCCACCAUUGAGAACGGUAUCAAGGGUGGUUACGUCGCUGUCGACACACCCAAUGCCGCUGUUACCCUCAUCUCCACCGGUUCCGAGGUCAGCAUCUGUAUCGAGGCCGCUGAGUACCUCCAGAAGAACCACGGCGUUGCUGCCCGUGUCGUCUCUGUUCCUUGCUUCGAGGUCUUCGACUCCCAGUCCAAGGAGUACCGCCUCCAGGUCCUCCCCGACGGCAUCCCCGUCCUGUCCGUCGAGGCCUGCUCCACCAUGGGUUGGGAGCGCUACUCUCACGAGCAGUUCGGUCUCAACCGCUUCGGUGCCUCCGGCCCCUACAAGCAGGUGUACGAGAAAUUCGAGUUCACCCCCGCUGGUAUCUCCAAGCGCGCCAUCGCCACCAUCGACUUCUACAAGGGUCACUCGGUGCGCUCCCCCAUCAACCGUGCUUUCCAGCAGAUCCUGUAA